AUGUCGAUGCACACCUGCUCCAAGUACUGCAACCCGGUGCAGCUCCCCCCGGGCGCCCGAACCAUGCGGUGCACCAUUUGCCGCACCGUCAGCAGCUUAGGAGACGCAUGGGACACGUUUCGUCCCCCCGCCGCUUAUGCGGCAGUGGCCCCAUACAACGUCCACUACGUACGAAGGGCCAUCAGGCCGUUGACAAUGUCGAUGCACACCUGCUCCAAGUGCUGCAACCUGGUGCAGCUCCCCCCGGGCGCCCGAACCAUGCGGUGCACCAUUUGCCGCACCGUCAGCAGCUUAGGAGACGCAUGGGACGCGUUUCGUCCCCCCGCCGCUUAUGCGGCAGUGGCCCCAUACAACGUCCACGCGCCUGUACGAUCGCGGCAAAACUGCCCCGGGCGUAAGAGGGCGGUGAUAUGCGGGAUAUCGUACAAGAAGUCGAGGCACGAGCUCAAGGGCUCAAUCAACGAUGCCAAGUGCAUGUUGCACUUCCUCGUCAACAACUUCAGGUUUCCGCUGGAUUCAAUUCUCAUGCUCACUGAGGAAGAAAGUGAUCCGCAAAGGAUUCCUACUAAACGUAACAUUAAGUGGGCGAUGCGUUGGCUCGUACAAGGGUGCCAACCUGGUGACUCGCUCGUAUUUUAUUUCUCUGGACACGGCUGGCAGCAGAGGGACUACAGUGGUGAUGAAGCUGAUGGAUACGACGAAACUAUAUGCCCGUUGGACUUUGAAACUCAGGGUAUGAUUGUUGAUGAUGAGAUCAACGCCUUGAUUGUUCGACCCAUUCCUCUUGGUGUUAAGCUCCAUGCCAUCGUCGAUGCUUCUCACAGUGGAACCGUACUAGAUUUGCCAUAUCUUUGCAGGAUCAACUGGAAAGGCCAGUAUGCGUGGGAGGAUCACCGCCCUAGGUCAGGUGCACCGAAAGGAACAAGUGGCGGACAAGUUAUCUGUUUCAGUGGUUGUGAUGAUGAUCAAGAUGCAGCUGAUACAUUUGGUCUACCAGAUAACAAACCCUGCGGUGCCAUGACUAACUCCUUCAUCGGAGCCAUUGAUCGCGGCCAGGGGAGUACAUAUGGCAGCAUACUCAGCUCCAUGCGGUCUUUCAACAUUCCAGGUUUGCGAGGACGCCAGGAGGCACAAUUAACUGCCAGCCAUCCAUUUGAUGUGUGUGCAACACCUUUCUCCCUCUGAGUCUUCUCCAUGGAUUAAGGGUCGCAUUGACUACAUAUCAUCUAUGUUAUUCUAAUGAAGA